AUGAGUAACGAAAUUGCAGUUGCAGCCCUCGCGCGGUUUAUCACGGUGUCCGACCGUAUGAGCCAUUUCAGAGCGACUAUAGAAACUCCAGGAGCUGCCGCUCCGUCCGUCCACACCUGCAAAGUCCGAAAAGAACAAGUCCGUUCACUCUGGGACAAAGCCGAGAAGGAAUUUGAAGCUUGUCUAGACACGAUUUCCAGCCUUACGACUGACGAGGCGUCGGAUAUUUUGGCGACUCUACACCGAAAAUAUGAAUAUUGCUAUUCGGUGUACGAGGAGCUAUCGGUUCAGCUCAGCGAGUUAAUUGACCGAGCCAGUUCACAGCAGCCGUUGUCGAGCACCGACAAUCAGUCCGCGUACAUUCCGUCUGGGUGCCGGUUGCCUCCAUGUGAUACAGAAGUAUUCGAGGGAGACUAUCUCAAAUGGCCAACAUUCAGGGACCUUUUCACUGCCGUCUACGUCAACAACACACGGUUGACGCCGGUCGAGAAGUUAUUCCAUCUCAACGCGAAAACGAGCGGUGAGGCAAAGGCAAUUGUUGCCAAGUCCCCGCUCACUAAUGAUGGUUUCGCUUCCGCUUGGGAGGCGCUUCGAGACCGUUUCGAAAACAAAAGACUUUUAGUGAACAGUCAGCUCAAGCUCCUAUUUAACUUAAGUUCCGUUAAUGCCGAAACUGGCCACUCCAUAAAAGAGCUUCAGAGCACCAUCCAAGGGUGCCUGACAGCAUUAGCCCACUCCAAAAUAUCAACCGAAAAUUGGGAUUGCUUGCUGGUCUACCUGUGCGCCAGUAAGUUGCCCAGAUUGACCCUUUCCUUGUGGGAACAAUCCCUUACAUCAAAGUCUGAUGUUCCUACAUGGGAUGAGAUGAACGCGUUCCUUAGCGAUAGGUAUAGAACCUUAGAAGCCAUUGAGGACAUGAAGCAGAGUCUUGGUGGUCCGUCAACUUCCAAAAAUUCCCAAGUUACGAAGAAGCUUAACUCCUUUGAAGCCAAAGUGAGUGUCAAACCAAAGAGUUGCGAUUUGUGCUCUAAGGAGACUCACCCAGUGCGGUUGUGCCCUCGCUUCAUUCAGAUGGCAGUCGAGGCGCGGGAAAACUACAUAAAAAAGAAGCAGUUAUGCUUGAAUUGCUUCGCGAGAGGCCAUCAGCUCCGGGAUUGUUCCAGUACGCACAGCUGCUUUGUAUGCCGAGGGAGACAUCACACGCUUUUGCAUCGAGGCAACCCAUUUUCCAACAAUCCAAGUUCCUCUGGACAUGCGAGACCUAGAUCCGAUCCUCCGUCGGGAGGCUCAGACUUUCCCGAUGAACACUCAAAUGUACAAGUCUGUUUUGCCUCGGGCAAAUUGCACGGCAAUGAUUGA